AUGCAGAGUCUACCGAGCCAUGCUUUUCUCCUUUUCGCAUACUUGAUCUGGAUAUAUCAGGGAGGUUUGCUGAAGGACGCUAAGGCCGUGGACAUCUCAGGCACGACUGCGGUCGGAAGUCCGCAGCCCUGGCAUUUCUCGGUGAUGGAUGAGGCGCCGGGGGAGGGGACCGUUGCUGGGGAGGUGGUGCUCUCCAGCGAAGGCUUCAUCAGUCUUCAACAAUACCAGGCGGCCGAAAGUAGGGAUACCCAAGAACUUGAGGGGUACUGGCAACGCCGCGGACGCGGCAAAGCCACUAUCCGUCAGCGCCUGAGACAAUUUUUCCUGAAAGGGGCAACGUACUGGAAAGGGCAAAAAAUAGCCACAGAGGCUGAUCUGGCCCAACACUUUGACGCCCAAGUCGUUGCUGAUGUGCGCCGACGCCUUGCAUCGACACGUGCUUGGUGGACGCAGAACAACCAACCUCCUGCCCCACGACCUCAGCCCAAGCUUCGGUGCCGUGCACGUGUGCGCAUGGUUAGUUACAACUGCAACUCGCUAGUGGGUGAAAGGCUGCGUAUUGUUCUGAGCGCUUUCAGUGAUUAUGACAUCAUUGUCUUACAGGGCACUCGCAUGCGGAAGAAGUCUGUUCCACACAACGGUUUUCAACAUGAUGACAAUUGCACCCCGUCACGCUGGGAAGGUUUUUCUCAUGACCGGCAGUUUUACAUUGUUUCAUGGGGUUACAGCCAAGGGCAAUUCACGAAUAAGGCUUGUGGCAUCACCAUCGCCCUCAAUUGCAGCUUCGUUUCCCCGCAAGCCGUGGUGUGGAGAUAUGAUCCGCCGUACAAGCUGGCUGGGCGUUUAGGAGCUUUGCGAAUUCGCACUGGCCGGGCUCUCCAUGACGCAGACUUGGUUGUCGUCGGAGCAUAUGCGCCCCAGACCACUGCGCCUGAGGAAGCCUUGUCUGAAUUCUGGGAUGCCAUGCAUUCUGUGGUCCAGCAAGCGCCCGCGAGGAGUACGGUUAUCUGCGGGCUUGAUGCCAACGGCGAUCCCACAUUCACAGCGGACGCGCACGUUGGGCCGUGCUACCCUGCUGCUGAGCCUUCUGUCAAUGGUGAGCGCUUGCGUGAGCUAUGUGUCCCGAACGGUCUUGUGGUCCUGGACACGUGGAAAUCUCGGAUCCGCGGCUUACCUUGCGAUGAUUGGAACGGCUGCACUUUCUUUGGUGUCAAUGGUGAGCGCACCCGUCCGGACCACAUACUAGCCAAGAGUGGACAGGACAUGUCGCCAGUCACGGUGCUGUAUGACUUGGGCUUUGCAUUGAAGCCUGGCAAUGGCACAGUCAUGCUUGACCAUGCUCCGCUUGCAGUGGAUUUCCCCUACGAAGUCAAACUCAAGCCUGGACAGUCGCCGCAAACGGAUGUGCAGGAGUGGCGAUUGCGCAACUCUGAGCUUUUCUCACUCUGUGCUGCAGACGAGGACCCUUCACGCACAUGGAACUUGCUGAAUGACGGGAUCAUGAACAUUGCCACACGCCACUUCUCUGUUUGCCGAGGUGCUUCAAAGCCAUGGAUGUCUGCCGCCACAUGGGACCUCAUCAGCUACAGAGACCGUCAGCUAAAAGAUUGGGCAGCGCAUGUUUGCUCGGUGCGUGUGGGGGUCGCCCAGGUGUUCCAGGCCUGGUCGCGUUGCUCUUGGCUCGGUCGCAUUAGACGUGCAAUACGCCGAGCUUGCGUGGCUGACAAGCGCGCGCACGUCGAUUCCCUCGCAAACGACAUGAAUGCAGCUGCGCAACAUGGACAUUGGCGUCAAGUCUGGCGAGCCUUUUUGGCAGAGCCAGUGCCUGAGCGCUUGCUGAAGUUCCGCCACGAGGCACCUCGACAUCCUGCGCACGUGGAUUUGCCCCCUCUCCGUGACUUCCGCCGCAACGUCCUGGGUGCCGGCAACAACCGUUCAGUUCCUGAAGGUUCUAUGCCGUCGGAGGUCUGGAAACUCAUUUUUGGAUGCUUGCCAGAUUUUGCUCGAGAUAUCCAUGAGCAGUUCUUCAGACAGCUUGCACGCACUGGCAGGAAUCCCAGCAGGUGGUACGACGUGCCAGUGCUGCCCAUUGACAAAGGCAACGGCAAGCCCAAGUGCCAAGGCAAACGUCCCAUUGCGCGCCUUGAUUCCCUGGCUAAACAAGUGCAUAAGACCUUCUACCAGGCAUGUGCAACGACCCCUCGACCUGACUGGGCGUUUGGGUGCAUCAAGGGGCGACGCCGUGAAGAGGCAUUGGCCAUAGUUGAGAACAACAUGUUUCGAUGCCGUCGAAGCAAACGCAACCAUGCCAUUUUCUUCAGAGAUGCUGCCAAUGCAUUUCCCAGUUUGAGCCAUGAGGCCAUUGCUCAGCAUGUGCGAUCUCAAGGUGCGGCGCAUGACCUCAUCAUGGAUGCCCAUGCCAAUUCGCUGUUGGGCUUGCGAGUGCCGGGAUGUGGCUUGCGAAAAUUGCGCAUGGCACGUGGAACAAGGCAGGGUGACACGAUCGCCGGCGACAUCUUCAUGGAUGUCUACCACGUUCCGCUCCAGGCGUACAAGACGGCCAUUCAGGACGAUGACCUGCUCCUCGAGUAUGGCAAUGACGUGAUUGAUGCGGCAAUGACCACGUAUGCUGACGACAUUGCUGAGCUCAUGGUGGCAGACUCGGCUGAGGAGCUCGAUGACAAGGCCGUCGCGCGCACUGCCCUGCUUGAAGCAGAGCUUGGAGGCGUGGGGUGCCAGCUGGAGCCUUCUAAGGAGGAGGUGGUCAUGAGAUGGAUGGGUGCUGGGGCACAUGCUAACCGCAAGGCGGCCAUGCUUCCCAACAAGGUCACGCCUGGAAAAAAGCUUGGAGUUGCGAGAUACUUGGGGGGCUGGGUGCACAACAAUGGCAACAAGAACACGGAGAUUGAUAAGCGCAUUUCAGCCAUGCGGGUGGGUUUCUGGGCCUAUGCUGGCAUUUGGCGCUGUAAAAACGUAUCGCUUUAUGCGAAGCGUUUGUUUUUCAAAGCCAUGGUGCAAGGGGCAGGACUUUCCGGACUGGAGCCGUACCUGCUGCCAAAAACAGCUCUGCAACGUUUAGAACGUGCGCGCGACCACCUUGCAAGACGGGCCCUUGGCAGAGCAGGCUGGGGAGCUGUCCGGGGAGAUCCCCGCCAUGAGUCUGUUCCCAACUCGCUCAUUCGGGCACGCAUGCGGAUUCACACGAUUGCCAGCACACUGCGCCAGCGACGACUGCGGUGGCUGCAUCACAUGGUGCAGCAUCCCAACCAUCACAAGCUAUACUUCGCGUCCAUGUUCGGGCGUUUUAGCUGGAAAUUUGCCGUCAUGAGUUGGAUGACUUUGGCAAGCCCGUGCAGCAUGCUGUUCCAGCCCUGCGACAGAUGUAUGAUGACCUUGCGGCGGCAGUGCCUCAGUUCCAUGCUUUUCAGCCUGGCUGGAUGCAACUGCUUCUGGAAUGCCCAGGAAACUCAGGAACUGCCUUGCUCCAGCCAGCUCGACAUGUGGAUCGGCAACGGCGCGGGGGACGCGUCCAUGCAGCCGACGGAGCAGAGCAAGAGACCCAGAACGGAGGAUCCCACGCCGAACCACAAGAAGCUCGUCCGCAUGAUGGAGAACUUGGACUACCGUCUGCGCCAGCUCGAAGGUGCCACGCCGUGCUUCUUUCUGCCUCUGGAGGGAUGCGGACUGGCCCAAGCCAUGCAGGCUGCAGCGGCCUACUACGAUGGGCGCAGCCCCGGCAAGGGCAAACCGCAUCCGGACAAGCAUCGCAAGACCACUCUAGCAGGAGCCCUCGUGAAGUUUGCGGCAGAGCGCGAGUUGCAGCGACUUUCUCAGGACGAGCAAGCAGUUCUGGCCCAGACGGACAAGCUUCUUGCAGCAGCGCGCCGGCCGUCCCUCGUGGAGCAGCACGAGAUGCUCAAGCUGAUGUUGCCCCUCAUGGCCACACCGACGGCCAUGGAGCCCGAAGUCAUCGCUUGCAACUUCUGGAAGGCCAAGAAGGACACCAAGUAUGUGCUGACAGUCCAGUUCCAGCCGCACGGGGCCUUGGCUCAGGUGAUGCCGUUCAUCGAGUUCGUGAUCCAUGCAUCUGGAGGGGCUUCUUCGUCGGGCGCGCCGCCGAAGGGAGCACAAGUGAGGGGUCUGUAA